UAUUACUACGGAGGACGAGGCAGGAAGGCCGGGAGCUCUUGGGAGAGGAGCGGCACUAGGAGGCCCUGUAGAACUGCUGCUACGACAAUAUUGUCCCUGGGGUAGGGGCCAGUGCUCUCUGCUCAGGACAUGGCCUGCGGAGCCACGCUCAAAAGGACUAUCGACUUCGACCCCCUUCACAGCCCGGCCGCCUCCCCCAAGAGAAGGAGAUGUGCCCCCCUUUCCCCUUCCGGCCCUUCCCCACAGAAAUACCUCCGCAUGGAGCCUUCUCCCUUCGGGGAGGUGUCCUCCCGGCUCACUGCAGAACAAAUCCUUUACAACAUCAAACAAGAGUAUAAACGCAUGCAGAAGAGAAGACAUUUGGAAAGCAGCUUUCAGCAAACAGAACCCUGCUGUUCCAGUGACGGCCAACCACACACUUUUCUGCCUUCUGGGCCUACUUUACCCGGCACAUCCACAUCAUUAUCACAGCUGCGUAAAGAACAGCCUUUGUUCACUCUGAGACAAGUUGGAAUGAUAUGUGAACGUCUCCUUAAAGAAAGAGAAGAUAAAGUACGUGAAGAAUAUGAAGAAAUAUUGACCACAAAACUGGCGGAGCAAUAUGAUGCGUUUGUGAAGUUCACGCAUGAUCAGAUUAUGCGACGAUAUGGAGAACAGCCUGCUAGCUAUGUCUCAUGAAUUGUUCUACGCCUUCCUUGGCUGUGCUCCUUUUUAUUGCUGCAAGAUGUCCUAGUUAAGAACUGCGGCAAUGCCAUAAUCCCCUCCCCUGUGAACACAGCUUAUUUCAAGCUUUUGUCAGUGGCAACACCUCUUAUGCAGCAACUGGUUUUGGAGUGUUCCCUGAUGUCAGUGCCACCUGGAUGUGGAUCUAAGCUACCUGUAUUAAUAUACCAGUGGCCUCAUUUGCUGUAUCAUUAAAAUCUGGCUUCUUUUGUUCAUGUUUUUUUUUUUUUUAAUGGUUUAAAGCUGAUGUUCGAGAACAUGCCCUAUCCUAUGCUAGUUGUGUAAAUAAGUGAAAAUAGCAAUUCCUUUUUUUUUUGUGGAUGGAUUUUCAAGAAGGUUUUAACAGUGCACUACAAAGCAGUAUCCAUCGCCAGUGCGGUGGAAUCAUCCAUGGGACAAUUUCCAAGUUACAUUCUACAUAUAUGACCAAGAGAAGACCAUAAAAAGAAGGGCAUGUCUAUUUUAAAGGACUUUUGGGGAAAUGGUGAAGAUGGAUUUAUGAUUUUGUUAGUUUUUAUUUAUUCUCUCAUUCUUUAACAAAUGUUUAAUGCAAUUUUUCCCGUCUAUCAUUGUUUAACUGCCUUGUAGUACUGGAAUUUAGUUGAAAAAAAAAUAAACAAAAAAA